AUGAACUUGAGAAACGGCAUCAAUCGUGAACUUGCAGAUCCUUCUCCUCCCGUGCCAGCUUCCUCAUACGGAUUCAUAGGAUACGCAAGAAGUUUUCCUCCGGGAGUGGCUCCAACGAGAUACUGUGAUACCCCUAUCGAAGUUGAACGACCACCACUGAGAAUAGGAAGUUUAUACAAUCAAAAUCGAGAAAAGGUAGGAUAUCUAUCAUUUCUAAAUGACAGUGAGCAGAGGAUCCCGUACAUAUCGAAUCCAAAUUUUACCAAAUCUAUAAGGAAAAGGACGAUUCGUCCCAAUGCCGACUUGAGCGUGAAUAGUGAUUAUCGUCGAAGAAAUCCUGAAUUGACCCUGCCAAAAGGAACGGUCGAUAAUGUAUCAUCUAGGUUUUUGACCUUACCUGGAUUCACCUUUAAUGGAGAUUAUACGUUCCAGAGCGCUUUCUUACAAUACCCUGAUGAUGGUGGGAAGAACAAGAGAGAGAGGGUACAUAUGAGUUUAGAUCAUGCUGCAAUUUGGAAAGUCGGAGAUCAACUGGUUGAAAACAAUUCCGAGAGGGAGUUGAAAGAGUUGUGUGAGAAGAUCAUAAAGGACGAUGAGAUAAGUGAAUUCGGAGGAAUAAGUUUAAUCCUUCAUCCACCUUCCAUUCCACCUUCCCAGUGGCCUACGAGAAAUCAAAACAUGUUAGAAGAACAAGAUUCGAUUGGAAACGAUGUUCCUAGAUCUAGAUCAACAGGAAUACAAUUUCACGGUGAAUUGUCAAUGGACGAUCCAUUAAGGUAUGCAGUGGAGAUUAAGAUAACCUCCGGAAGUGGAAUAGAAGAUAGGAAUUUCAAGAUUACUUUGAAUUCCGAAAAGACUUUUUUGAUCCAUGGCGCACGUGAAGAUGGAGAAGCAUGGAGGGAUCUACACAAACUUUUUAAUCAUCCUAAUGGACUAGAUGUGAGGGUGAGAUCGACAGUCACUCUGAGACCUAGUAUGGCAUACCACUCGGUGGACCACCAAGAAUGGGAUGAUGUUGAGGUUUUCACCAUGAGUCGAAGUGUAUUGGAUGAGGAAGUAAGUCGCCAAGUCGAACGAAUACCAGGAAGUUUGACUUCGGUUUCUGGAAGUAAUGUUAGAAGGGAUGAUGAGCUGCAUAGCAAUGGAUAUGUCUCGCCUGUCACAGCUGUGACGGCGGGAGGAGGAGCAAAUGCGGAUACGACUGAUAGCCAUCAGCCUACUACUGGCUCAAGCGUCAGUGCCAACAAUAAAGGUAAGGAUCCCGUUCGAUCAUCCACUGGAUCAUCUUCUAGUAAAUCACAAAAACCUGGUAACUGCUGGAUCAGACAUAGGAAGCAGUAA